AUGGUGGAACACCAAGAAAUCGCGACUUACUCAGAUGAGCAGAUCGACCGGUAUCUAUCAUUCAUUUCAUUCCCGACGUCGAAAUAUGGCAAAUUUUCCGCAAAGACAGCUACCAGUGAGGAAGCCUUGGAAUAUCUCACGACCCUGCAGAAGCAGCAAUUGUCGACGAUUCCAUUUGAGAACUUAGACCUCCAUUACUCCACACACCGCACAAUAAGUAUCGACAAGGAUGACAUGUAUGAAAAAAUAGUCACUGCGAAUCGAGGAAGAGGUGGCUAUUGUAUGCAGGUUAAUUUGUUCUUCGCUACUGUCAUGAAAAGCUUGGGAUUUGAACUUAUAGCGACUGGGGGGAGGGUUCACAUAGAUGGAGGUCCUGGAGAAUGGAGUCACCAGGUAAACCUCGUGCAGAUCAACGAGACAAUUUACCUUGUUGACGUCGGGUUUGCAAAUCCAGGCUCAUUGAACCCUUUGCCGUUAAGAGACGGACUUAUCACAAACUGGGGGGCCACAGACUCCCAGUGUAGACUGAUUUACCAAGCGAGCAAGAUGUCAUUCGCGCCAGGCUUGUGGAUCUAUCAGCACCGUGAAACAGAAAGUCAUGACUGGCUAACGGUAUACAGCUUUGGACUUACACCCUUCUACCCAAACGACUUUCAAGCAAUGAGCUUUGCGGUUUCCAAUCGCAAAACAAGCUUCUUCACACACAAAGUCGUUGUUACGAAGUUCAUCCUAGAUCCAGAGGUCAAUCAUAUCACGGGCUGUUAUACACUCUUCGAGCGGACCAUCAAAAAAAGGCUGGGCGACAAAACAGAAGUUCUAGUGGAGUUGAAAAAUGAGAAAGAACGAAUUGUAGCUUUGGAGAAGUACUUCGGAAUCAAGCUUACUGAGAAGGAACAAAACGCUAUCAAGGGCACAAUGACUGAUCUCAAAUAG